CCUAGUGUCAGAGCCAGUCUGCAAACUCAGGAGUCCUGUACCCCAGCUACCCAAAGCGGUGUGCCCCUGGAGCUUGGAAACUGUUAGGAUGAGGGGGGAGCCAGUGCCCUGAAACCCGAGGAGUUUAGAACUUUGACUUCUACAUGGGAAUUCAGGGUAUUAGGUCCCAAGGCUCUGGACCUGCUUGUACCCAGACCUUUGGCAGUGAGCCUGUUGCCCGGAUGGUUCUGGUUAGGUGGCCCGGGACGGGGUGGCUCCGAAUCUGUAGCCCUGGAUGUUAUGAUGAUCGUUAUGGCCAAUCUGGCUGUGGCCCGGGUGGUCCCAGGUCGGGGGCUGGCUUGGCUCUGAAUUAACCAGGUGGUGGGAGGCGUUAGGACCCGCUAGGAGUCCGGACCCGGCUGCUCUGACGUUGGUCGGAAACUAGCGGCUGCCGCCCGCUACUGCUGAGUAACAGGCGCUAAAUCGCCCCGGAAGCCGAGACGAAACCAGCGGGUCGGGUCGGUCUCGGAACCGUGAUUGAGACCCGCACAGGCGGCCCGGCGCAGGCUCGUCCCAGGCAACCCAUUGAGUUUCACUAUGGGAGCUGUGGUGAUUGAUGAUGCUCCAUCUGGUGUCAAAGCCCCUGAUGGGGGUUGGGGCUGGGCCAUUCUCUUUGGAGGGUUUGUCAUCACUGGAUUUUCCUAUGCCUUUCCAAAGGCUGUUAGUGUCUUCUUUAAAGAGCUUAUCCGGGAGUUUGGUGUUGGAUACAGUGACACAGCAUGGAUCUCCUCCAUUCUACUGGCUAUGCUCUAUGGAACAGGUCCCCUGUGUAGCAUGUGUGUCAAUUGGUUUGGCUGUCGUCCAGUUAUGCUGGUUGGAGGGCUCUUUGCUUCGCUGGGGAUGGUGACAGCUUCCUUCUGUACCAGCAUCAUUCAGAUCUAUCUCACUGCAGGUGUCAUUACUGGUUUGGGUCUGGCACUCAACUUCCAGCCAUCGCUCAUCAUGUUAAAUCGCUACUUUGACAAACGCCGCCCUUUAGCUAAUGGGCUUGCUGCUGCUGGAAGCCCUGUGUUUCUUUGUACCCUCUCUCCUCUGGGGCAAAUACUGCAACAUGAGUAUGGCUGGCGAGGGGGAUUCCUUAUACUGGGCGGAAUGCUGCUCAACUGCUGUGUUUGUGGGGCAUUAAUGAGGCCGUUGGAGCCUCCUAAGAAAUCUGAAGCUGCUAAAGAACUCACUGAGAAGAAAACAAAGAAAAAGCUUCUGGAUUUCAGUGUCUUUAAAGAUGGUGGUUUUUUAGUCUACACUGUGGCUGCCUCCAUCAUGGUGCUGGGCCUCUUUGUGCCUCCAGUCUUUGUGGUGAGCUAUGCCAAGGAUUUGGGAUAUCCAGACACUAAAUCAGCAUUUCUUCUGAGCAUUCUUGGAUUCGUUGAUAUCUUUGCCCGGCCUAUUUGUGGAGUGAUAGCUGGUCUGAAGUGGGUCAGACCACACUGUGUUUAUCUCUUUAGUUUUGCUAUGCUUUUUAAUGGUUUUACAGAUCUCAUGGGUUCCAUGUCUACCAAUUAUGGUGGCUUGGCAGUCUUCUGCAUUUUCUUUGGCAUUUCCUAUGGAAUGGUAGGUGCUCUUCAGUUUGAAGUUCUCAUGGCUAUUGUUGGUACUCAGAAGUUUUCCAGUGCCAUUGGCUUGGUGCUUCUGGCUGAAGCUCUAGCUGUUCUAAUCGGUCCACCAUCAGCAGGCAAACUCUUGGAUGCAACAGGCAAGUAUAUGUUUGUUUUUAUUGUUGCUGGAGUUGAAGUUGUUACUUCAGCCCUUGUGAUGGCUUUAGGAAAUGUCUUCUGUGUUAAGAAAAAAUCAGAAGCGCCACAAACAAAAGAGGAGGCAGCAGAAAGAGAAGAGUUAAACAAAUCCGAAGACAAAACACCUGAAGAUGCCAAGGUGGACUCUAUUGAAGUAGAACAAUUUCUGAAAGAUGAACCUGAAAAAAAUGGGGAAGUUGUAACUAACCCAGAAACAUGUGUGUGAGUGACACAGGAUGAGUGGCAAAGCAUUUAGGGAAGAGAGAGAAUUUCAACACUAUUUUAGAAACGGAACUAGUUUAGGGCUGGGCCAUCUGCUUGACCAACUAGGGGCCAAUCAGCUAAUCAAAUCACUGUUUGGAAGCUUUAUUAGGAAUCCUUUUCACCUAAAACUGGAUUUAUCAGUGUGUUUGUAACAUUUUAAGUAAACUAAGCAGCCUUUGUAACCAAAUGUAGAAAUCCUGCUAUGCAUCACCAGAAAAUUCUCACUUGGAAGAAAAUAUAUUUGAAUUAGAGAGGAAUGAUAUGUACAUUUUCAUUCAAUAUGUGUGAAAUUGUUUGUGUUUAUGUGUGGUACAAUUAAACGUAACUUCGCUUUCUGUGUUCUUUCUCAAGGAGAAAGAAUGAGAUGAGGGGAAAAAAUCUCAGGAACUUACUGGUCUCCAGAAGGUUUUUGAAACAUCUGACUUUUACAGUUAUUUUUAGAUUUUUAUUUCUUUUUGGCUCAGCCCUAAUCUAAGUUGGAUAAUAAGAAUAAUAUCUAUUACUUUGUUUUAAGUAAGUGUAUUUCUGAGUUUUAGCUAAACAUGUAAUUUUCUUAAUUGAGAUUUUUAUUGUAAAUAUUGUACACUGAAAGACACUCAGAGACUGUGUUCUUAGCAAAUCACAUAAUUGCUAUUCCUAAAUAACACCUAAAGAAAAUGAAACGAGCAGUAUUAAUCCUUACGUAGGCUUACCUUGUUUUCUUUACAGCCUAUGUGCACUGCACAUACACUGACUCCUAUUGGUAACUACUGUGCUGACACAUGCAGGCACCUGCUACUGAAAUUGAUUGAAAAGUCACACAACGCUAGCAGCUGUUACAGCCUAUGCUAUUAGAUAUCAGCAUGAGAUUAUUGACUCCUUACUUCUGUACAGCAAUAUGCUGACUACUAGUAUUCAGGGUAUGUGAAGAAGCAGAGCGCUAAAAAUAAUUAAAAGUAACUCCCUGAGUUACUCUCUCUCUUUUCAUUAUGUAAUGCCAUUAGGGGAAAGGGUGACCAGAUAGCAGCUGUGAAAAAAUGGGAUGGGGGUAAUAGGCGCCUAUAUAAGAAAGUCCCCCAAAACAGGACUGUACCUUUAAAAAUGGGACAUCUAGUCAUCCUAUCUAUCACCCCUGUAUAUAGUCUCACUGACUUUAAUAGAACUAAUUGGAUAAGUAAGGUGAGCAGGAUUUGGCCCUAUGCAUGCAUUACACCCAUUUUGACCUGAUCAGUUAGAUAAAAAUUUGGAGUCUUGGAAUUUUCAGAGGUAAAAUUGGUGAUGGAGUCAGGUAGUUUAUUUGAUGCAAUCUUUUUUUAUUUACAAAGAAUGUACAAAGUCUUGUUUCCUUGUCUCUUAUUGUUUGAGUCCUGCUGCAUUCUGUCCCUGUUUACAAGUCCAAGCCCCAUUUCCAAUCACUUAGCCAUGUUGACCUAAAUUUUAAGAGUAGACCAGGCCUGAGAGAGCGAGCUUUUGGGCUAUGUGACUUUGGGGGGGGAGCGGGGGAAUAUCCACUUCCCUGAGCAACAUAGCUAUGCCAGCCUAACCUCCUGGUAUAGAAGCAUCUAGGUUGACAAAACAGUGCUUCUGUCAGUCUAGCUAUGGUUGCUCAGGGAGAUGGUGCUCCUACAGUGUAGAGAGGAGGACCUUUUGUCACUGUAGCUAUGCUAUAGGGUUAUGCCAGCAUCGCUAGCGCACCAUAGCUAUGUUGAUAUAGUUCCCAUAGUGUAGACCUGGCCUUAGCUUUUCUCAGCACUACACUCUCAGUGCUUGUUCUGCCUGUAUCCUUGGCUUUUUUGCCCUGGGACCUGCUGUUUGGUGUUUUCAUCUCUUGCACUAAAAACACCCCAAAUAGAGACAAACAGCUCCACCAAUCAAUGCCCUAGUCCCUGCAUUUGCUAUGAGAGUCCCCAGGCAAUCCCUCAGACUGCAUGGCAUAGCUUCCUCUUAAUCAGCCUUACCAUGGAGUUCAGUAUUUUGGACAGUGGCCUCUAGUGUUUCAGCUAUUAUUAAACAAAGAGGCAUUUAACUGCUCCUUCAUUUAGCCUGAAUGGAGAGGCAGCUGUUAUGCCCACCAAUUUCAAUGGGAUUUAACCUAAUGCAUAACUAGGGUUCGGUGUCGGUCAUGGAAGUAAUAGAAUCAGUGAUUUUCCAUGACCUCUGUGACUUCUGCAGUGGCCAGUGUGGCUGACCCCAAGAUUGCUCAGGUAGCCCUGGGGACAGCCAUACAGGCCACUGCUGAAGCAGUUCCACAGCCAGGUGCUCAGGGGGCCCCAGGGGGACCACCCGAGCAGCAGCCAGUGUGGCCAUGUGAGCAGCGGUACCAGGGGUGGCAGGAGCAGCCACGGUCAGCCGCCUCUGGUUCCUGGUGCCUCUGGCACCUGAUGCCCCUGGCCCCCUGCUGAGCAGCUGCCCCCUGAGGCGCUGCCCACAGCAGGCCCUCCCUAGGGUGCCCCCCCAGAGCACUCCUCCUAGCAGUGCCUGCUCCCCGAGAUUAAGUCAUAGGUUUAAAUCAUGGAUAGGUCACAGGCUGUGAAUUUUUCUUUAUUGCCUGUGACCUGUCCAUGAUUUGUACUAAAAAUAUCCAUGACUAAAUCAUAGCCUUAUGCAGAACCCUUUUUUUUAAAAUGAAUGAAGAGAAUCAUUUUAAAAUAUAUUAUAAAAAUGGUGUUGGGGAAAGAAAAGGCAGCAGAGGAUGUGCCUGUGGCGCAUAAGUCUAGUCUCUUGUGGGCUGUAACUCUUGGGUCUCAUUUCAGUUGCAUUUAGUGUGCUGUUGCUGAAUGGUGUUGGUGGCCUAUGCUAUUCAGGAGGAUGGUCUAGAUCAGUGGCUCUCAACCUUCCAGACUACUGUACCCCUUUCAGGCAUCUGAUUUGUCUCACAUAACCCCAAGUUACACCUCACUUAAAAACUACUUGCUUACAAAAUCAGACAUAAAAAUACAAAACCAUCACAGUACACUGUUACUGAAAAACUGCUUACUGUCUCCUUUUUACCAUAUAAUUAUAAAAUAAAGCAAUUGGAAUAUAAAUAUUGUACUUACAUUUUGGUGUAUGGUAUAUUGCCCAGUAUAAACAUGUCAUUGUCUAUAUGAAAUUUUAGUUUGUAUUGACUUCGCUAGUGCUUUUUAUGUAGCCUGUUGUAAAACUAAGCAAAUAUCUAGAUCUCUGUGGAUCCACAGGGAUACACGUACUCCUGGUUGAGAACCACUGACCUAGAUGAUAUAGUCAUCCCUUCUGGCCUUAAACUCUAUAGGCUGGUCUAAACUGCAGUUAGGUUGAUAUAAACUGCCUUAUAUCAACCUAAUUAGGUCGGUGUCUACACUACAGCCUUCCUCCCAAUGAUGUAAGUGCCUACUACACUGACAUCAUAACUCCACUUCCACGAGAGGUGUAUGGCUUAGGUCAGUGUAUUGAGGGCGAUGCAAUGGGAGCCGGGGGGAAGCUGCACUGGGUCCGCCCCGUUCUCAGGGAGUAGGGGGAAGCCUGGGGCUUCUCAGCCCCCCUGCCAUUCCCUGCCCAGAGCCCUGCUGUCUUGUCAAGUUCACAGCUGGAGCUGUGACAUUAACUAGGCUGUCUGGCUUCUGGCAGGGAGCAGGCGGGGGGAGGGGGAAGAAGCCCUGGGCAGAUUCCCCCUUCUCCUGACAGGAAAUAGGGAGGCCCACCCCUUACCCUAGUGAAGAAUGGGGAGCGGAGGGUGAGGGGCAGCCUGCCAGGAACCCAGGAGCCUGUGUCGCAGCUGGUCUCCCGGAAGGGAGCUGCCAGUGGAGUUGAGAGACUGGGCUUUCCCAGUUCCCCACACUGCCCAUCUUAGGUCAGUGGAAGUGCUCCAGCUGGGGACAUGCAUCACCAACACAAGGAGUGUAGUAUGGACACACACCACUGCAGUAAUUACUGCAGUGACUGUAAGUCGAACUAAUAUAGAGCGACUUAUCCUAAGACAAUUUAUUCUUUCUGUAUCUUAACCUCUUACCAAGAACAAGUUAACACAUUCUCAGAACAUAUCACUGAGGCAAUGAAAAUAGGUAUAAGCUUUUCCUACACCAGUUUGUGAGCCAUGCAGUUCCCCUGGAGAAUUUCAACACUAUUUUAGAAACAGAACUAGUUUAGGGCUGGGCCAUCUGCUUGACCAACUGGGGACCAAUCAGCUAAUCAAAUCAUUAUUGUUUUCUCCUAAUGCUGUAAAAAUGCCAGUUCUUAGGUUUUCCAGUGCUACCUUAAAAAUAGUAACUGGAAAAUAUAUCAGACAUGAGACAGGAAAAUGUUCCCUUAGAGCCAUUACAUUUUGCAAAACUAACUCAGUAUUCUAUUUACUAUAAAUUGACUAGAAAUAUCUUUAUAAAAACAGGAGUACUUGUGACACCUUAGAGACUAACAAAUUUGAACAUAAGCUUUCGUGGGCUACAGCC